GGGAGCAGCGGGCGCUGGGCGGAUCCGGGCCUCGGUCACUCGGCGCCUGGUCUUCUUCCCGUCGGCCGGUUGAGGAAAUUUCACUCAAGAUGUCUAAGCAGCAGCCAGCUCAGUUCAUAAAUCCAGAAACACCUGGCUAUGUUGGAUUUGCCAAUCUUCCUAAUCAAGUUCACCGAAAGUCAGUGAAAAAAGGUUUCGAGUUCACACUAAUGGUUGUUGGUGAAUCUGGACUGGGAAAGUCGACACUCAUAAACAGCCUGUUCCUGACCGACCUCUACCCAGAAAGAGUCAUACCUGGAGCUGCAGAAAAAAUUGAGAGAACUGUCCAAAUCGAGGCCUCCACCGUGGAGAUUGAAGAGCGAGGGGUCAAGCUGCGACUCACAGUAGUGGACACGCCCGGCUACGGCGACGCCAUCAACUGCCGAGACUGUUUUAAGACCAUCAUCUCCUACAUCGACGAGCAGUUUGAACGGUACCUGCACGAUGAGAGCGGCUUGAACAGACGGCAUAUCAUCGACAACAGGGUUCACUGCUGCUUCUACUUCAUCUCCCCUUUCGGACACGGACUGAAGCCCUUGGAUGUUGCAUUCAUGAAGGCGAUUCACAAUAAGGUGAACAUCGUGCCUGUCAUCGCCAAGGCUGACACCCUCACGCUGAAGGAACGGGAGCGCUUGAAGAAAAGGAUUCUGGAUGAAAUUGAAGAACAUAGCAUCAAAAUCUAUCACUUACCUGACGCAGAGUCAGAUGAAGAUGAAGAUUUUAAAGAGCAGACCAGGCUUCUCAAGGCCAGCAUCCCAUUUUCGGUGGUCGGAUCCAACCAGUUGAUUGAAGCCAAAGGCAAGAAGGUCCGAGGCCGCCUCUACCCGUGGGGGGUCGUGGAGGUGGAGAACCCAGAGCACAACGACUUCCUGAAGCUGAGGACCAUGCUCAUAACUCAUAUGCAGGAUCUCCAGGAGGUGACCCAGGACCUCCACUACGAGAACUUCCGCUCUGAGAGGCUCAAGAGAGGCGGCAGAAAAGUAGAGAAUGAGGACAUGAACAAAGACCAGAUCUUGCUGGAAAAGGAAGCUGAACUUCGCCGCAUGCAGGAGAUGAUCGCAAGGAUGCAAGCUCAGAUGCAAAUGCAGAUGCAGGCGGGGGACGGUGACGGCGGUGUGCACGGGCACCACGUGUGAG